GCGGCCCCGGGGCGGCGGCGCGAGCGGAGCGGAGCGAGCGGAGCGAUCUCGGCGGGGCCGGAGCGGGGCCGGAGCGCGAUGGGGCGUCGGGGCCCGGCGGCGCUGGGGACAUUCCUGCUGCUGGGGACCCUCCUGGGGGUCGCCGGCGGCACCCGCAGCUGGGCCGACGCCUUCCCCGAGGACACGGUGGCCGAUCACGUCGGGGACACACAGGGAAGGCGCUACUACCGGCACCUGUCAGAUGACGAAGACCUGGUGGCCUCUGGAGAUGGCAGUGGGGAGGAUGGCAGUGGUGUUCCCUGGCCACCGAAAGUCGUGAGCCCGGCCCCCAGCAGCGGGCUGGCACCCACCGCGCCCAGGCUCCGCCCCGCGCCCGCGGGCAUGGUGGUGGCUGAGCCCGAGGAUGACCCCCCCGUCAUUUAUUUCCGGGCGCUGGUGAACUUCACCCACAGCAUCGACUACAGCUCACGGCUGGAGGACCCCGAUUCUGAGGAAUUCAAGGAGAUUUCUGAGGCUGUUGUGGAUACGCUGGAGUCAGAGUAUUACAAAGUGCCUGGGGAGCAGGUGGUCAGUGUGGUCUUCAUCAAGCAGCUGGACGGGGAUGUGUUCGUGGAGCUGGAUGUGGGCUCAGAGGGGAACGGGGACGAGGCGCAGCUCGAGGGGGUCCUGCGGGACGUGUUGGCCGGCGGCUCCAUCGCCUCCUACCUCACCUCCCCCCAGGGCUUCCAGUUCCGUCGCCUGGGAGCCGUGACCCCCCAGCCACGCGCUUGUACCGUGGGGGAGUUUUCCUGUGGGAGUGGGGAGUGCGUGGCUGUGGAAUAUCGCUGUGACCGCCGGCCCGACUGCCGCGACGCCUCUGAUGAGGAGGGAUGUGAGCCCCCCCCAGGGCCACCCCCCAGCACUGCCCACCCGGCCACCACGCGCCCGCUGAGCACCCGCCCCGCAGGCACCACCCCAGCGCCGCCCGCCCGCCCCCCAAAACCCGCCGGGGGGUGCCGGGAGGGCGAGGCUGCCUGCAGGGACGGGCGCUGCGUCCCCCGCGAUUACCUGUGCGACGGAGAGCGCGACUGCGCCGAUGGCUCCGACGAGGACGCCUGCGGCACCCUGUCCCCCUGUGAGCCCAACGAGUUCAAAUGUGACAAUGGGCACUGCGCCCUCAAGCUCUGGCGCUGUGACGGCGAGAAUGACUGCGGAGACGGCUCCGACGAGAGCGACUGCCCCACCAAGGCACCCGGUGCAGCGUGCGGACCAGCGGAAUUCCGGUGCGUGUCCAGCGGGAGCUGCAUCCGAGCCAGCUACCAGUGUGACCGGGAGCCCGACUGUCCUGACCGCAGCGAUGAGGUUGGAUGUGUGCCCCCACAGGUGGUGACGCUGCCACGGGAGUCAGUGAGAGCGGUGCCAGGCCAGACCGUCACCUUCACCUGUGUAGCCACCGGUGUCCCCACCCCCAUCAUCACCUGGCGCCUGAACUGGGGACACACCCCCAGCAGCCACAGGGUGUCGAUCGUGAGUGAGGCUGGCCAGGGCACCCUGACUAUCCGGGAUGUGAAGGAAGCUGAUCAAGGCGCCUACACCUGUGAGGCCAUCAACACCCUGGGCAUGGUGUUCGGCAUACCUGACAGCAUCCUCACCGUCACCCGCCCUGGGCCAUGUCCCGAGGGCCACUUCCAGGUGACAGGGACAUCCCGCUGCCUGCCCUGCUUCUGCUUUGGUGUCACCACCUCCUGCCGUGCCACCACCCGGCACCGCCACCGCCUCCACCUGCGCUUCAACCACCCUGACAACUUCAAGGGUGUCAAUGUGACGGUGCCAGCAGCGCCAUCCGCACCGGUGCUCUCGGCCACCCAGCUCCAUGUGGAUGUGGGGACUGAGGAAUUCCAGCUCCUGGACCUGUCCCGUCGCUUCCUGGCUCUAGAUGCCUUCUGGGCACUGCCAGAGCCCUUCCUUGGGGACAAGGUGGAUGCCUACGGGGGAGCACUGAGCUACGGAGUGCGGUACCGGCUGGGCCGGGGGCCCCCUGAGCCCACCGCCCACCCUGACCUGCUCUUGCGGGGCCACGGGCGGCAGCUGCGGGCACGUGCUGGUGACACCCAGCCAGAUGUUCUCAACCGGCGGCACGUGCCCCUCACCGAGGACCACUGGGAGGACGAGCAGGGUGCUCCGGUGAGCCGGGAGCUGCUGCUGCUGGUGCUGCAGGGGCUGGAUGGCAUCUUUAUCCGGGCAGUGUACGACGGGCGCAUGGCCAGCGUGGGGCUCAGCGACGUGGCCAUGGACAUCACCAGCAGCGUGGACACCGGCCUGGGGCCAGCUGGCGACAUCGAGGAGUGCAGGUGCCCCGUGGGUUACACGGGGCUGUCGUGCCAGCGCUGUGCCCCCCGUUUCGAGCGGGUGACAAGGGGACCCUACCUGGGGACCUGCUCUGGCUGUGGCUGCCACGGCCACUCCAGCACCUGUGACCCCGUUUUUGGGCACUGCUUGAACUGCCAGCACAACACGGAGGGUCCCCAGUGCGAGAAGUGCAAACCUGGCUUCUUCGGCGAUGCCACCAAGGGCACAGCCACUGCCUGUCACCCUUGUCCCUGUCCCUACACGGAGCCAUCUCGCAGGUUCUCAGAGUCGUGCUUUUUGGACACAGAUGGCCAGGCCACCUGCGACGCCUGUGCUCCCGGAUACGCCGGCCGCCGCUGCGAGAGGUGUGCCCCAGGCUACGAGGGAGACCCCAUCCAGCCGGGUGGCAAGUGCACCCCAAUUGGCCAGGAGCUCGUCAAGUGUGAUGCCCGUGGGGGCCAGGACGAGGCAGGUGGCACUUGUCGCUGCAAGCCCAACGUCCGUGGCCGGCUCUGUGACUCCUGCGCCGCUGGCACCUUCCACCUGAGCGCUGCCAACCCCGCGGGCUGCCUGCCCUGCUUCUGCAUGGGGCUGUCCCGCUCCUGUGCCAGCUCCGCCUGGCACCGCCACCAGGUGUUACUGAGCUCUGAGGACUCGGCGCCGCUGCCCCUGGCCAACGCGUCAGGCGCACGCUUGGUGGGGGCCAUGCCACACUUCGUGUCCCCACGGGAGCUGUACUUCGAUGCCUUCCCAAAGCUGCCACGAGACAUUCACUACUGGGUGCUGCCUGCACCCUUCGCUGGGGACAAGGUGACAGCAUAUGGUGGGGAGCUGCGGUACACGGUGACACACCGGGCCCCGGCUGGCACUCCCCUGCCCUCCUGGCACCCUGAUGUCCUGCUCCAGGGCAAUGGGAUCCUCCUGGAGCACUUCUCCAGUGCCACCUUUCCAGCUGGUGUCCCCACCACUGUCACUGUGCCUAUCCGUGAGGGAGCCUGGCGCCGCUCAGAUGGGCACGAUGCCACCCGCGAGCACCUCUUGAUGGCCCUGGCCGACGUGGACCUGUUCAUGAUCCGGGCAUCCUACUCAGAGCAGCCAGAGGAGAGCAGACUGGCUGAUGUCACCCUGGAUGUGGCAGUGCCACACGCUACCGGCCGCCCGCCCGCGCUGGAGGUGGAGGAUUGCGCCUGCCCCCCUGGGUACCGCGGGGCCUCGUGCCAGGACUGUGACACUGGCUACACCCGCAGCACCGCCGGGCUCUACCUGGGCACCUGCGAGCCGUGCCAGUGCCACGGCCAUGCCAGCGAGUGCCACCCUGACACCGGCGUCUGCCAGGGCUGCCGGGAUCACACGGAGGGUCCCCAGUGUGACAAGUGCCAACCUGGCUACUAUGGCGAUGCCACCCGGGGCACCCCGGGUGACUGCCAGCCCUGUCCCUGCCAUGGACCCCAUGGGGACACCCAAGUGACAACAAUCUGCUUUGAGGACACUGAUGGGCAGCCUACCUGCAGUGCCUGUGCCCCAGGGCACAGUGGCCGCCUCUGCGAGAGGUGCUCGCCCGGGUACGUGGGGGACCCUCUGCGGGGAGAGCCGUGCCGAGUGCCUGGUGUCCCCGGUGUGCAGUGCCAGUGUGACCCACGUGGCAGCACCGGCGAGGGCUGCGAUGCCAACGGGCAGUGUUACUGCAAGGCUAACGUGGAAGGUCCCCGUUGUGCCACGUGCCGUCCCCACCACUUCCACCUGAGUGGGGAUGAGCCGGCUGGGUGCCUGCCCUGCUUCUGCAUGGGCAUCGUUCAGCACUGCACCAGCACUGCCUACGCCCGUGGCACUAUCCGGACAUCCUUUGCCCCGGGGGAUGCCCAGGGGUUCUCCCUGGUGAACCGCCAGCGCAGCACCCACGUGAGCAGCGGCUUUGGGGUGCAGCUGGGGCACCCCCAGCCCCAUCUGACCUAUGAGCGCUUCAGGGAGCUGCCCCCUGACUCCUACUACUGGCAGCUGCCACCCCCCUACCAGGGAGACAAGGUGGGUUCCUAUGGUGGUCGGCUCCGCUAUACCCUGACCUACACCCCGGGGGGACAGGGAGCCGCCCUGCCCGACGCCGACGUCCAGAUCACGGGCAAUGACAUCACACUGGUGGCCUACCAGCCCAGCCUGCCCCCGCGGACCCCCCAGGCCUUCGAGAUCAUUUUUCGGGAGCAAUACUGGCAGCGGCCAGACGGGCAGCCAGCGACACGGGAGCACCUGCUGAUGGCACUGGCUGACCUGGAUGAGAUCCUCAUCCGAGCCACCUACUCCACGAGCACAGCCGUGGCCGCCAUCGCCGACGUGGCCAUGGACACGGCUGUGCCCCCCCAGCCCGGCUUGCCCCCAGCCCCCGAGGUGGAGGAAUGUCGUUGUCCCCCCGGAUACCACGGGCUGUCCUGCCAGGACUGUGCCCCCGGGUACACACGCACGGGCGGGGGUCUGUACCUGGGGCACUGUGAGCUGUGCGAGUGCAACGGCCACUCCGAGAGCUGCCACCCUGAGAGCGGCGCCUGCUCCGGAUGCCUGCACAACACGGCAGGGGACUUCUGUGACCAGUGCGCCCCCGGCUUCUACGGGGACGCCAGUGCUGGGACCCCCGAGGACUGCCAGCCCUGCGCCUGUCCCCUCCCAUACCCUGAAAACCAGUUUUCCAGGACCUGUGAGAGUCUGGGAGGCAGCGGGUACCGCUGCACCGCCUGUGAGCCAGGCUACACUGGGCAGUACUGCGAGCGCUGUGCCCCGGGUUACACGGGUGACCCCACGGUGCGGGGACAGCUCUGUGUCCCCGCGGGGCCCCCUCCUGCGCUGGCCGUGCGUGUGCACCCCCCUCGCACCUCGGUGCCGCAGGGGAGCGCGGUCACCCUGCGCUGCCACGCCAGCGGGGAGCCCCCGCUCUACUACCACUGGGUGCGGGAGGACGGGCAGCCCCUCCCCGGGGGCGCCCAGAGCCGCCGACAAGGUGAGGAGCUGCACUUCCCCAGCAUCCAGCCCUCUGAAGCCGGUGUCUACGUCUGCUCCUGCCGCAACCUUCGGCACAGCAAUUCCAGCCGCGCCGAGGUCAUCGUCACCGAAACCCCCGACAAGCCCAUCACCGUCACCGUGGAGGAGAAGCGGGUGCAGCGGGUGCAGCCUGGGGCCGAUGUCACCUUCGUCUGCACUGCCAAGAGCAAGUCUCCCGCCUACACCCUGGUGUGGACACGGCAGAACCACGGGACGCUGCCGGCAGGUGCCGUGGACUUCAACGGGAUCCUGACGCUGCGCGGCGUGCGGCCCCAGGACGCCGGAGUCUACAUCUGCACCGGCUCCAACAUGCUGGACAUGGACCAGGGCACCGCCACGCUCUACGUCCAGGCUGCCUCGAAGACUCAGAUGUUCUAUGGACCUGUUGAGUUCAUGGAGGGGCACAGACCAGCCGGCUCCGGCAGCGCCCCCACCGCCACCGUGGAGCCGGCACAGCUGAGCGUGGCACCGGGGCAGCCAGCCGAGUUCCGCUGCCUUGUCACCGGCAGCCCCCAGCCCACCCUUGAGUGGCUCGGUGCGCUGCCACCGCAGGCUGUGGUUCAGGGGGGGACGCUGCGUUUCGGCGCUGUCGAGCCCGCCAACACGGGGCACUACGAGUGCCAGGCAAGGAGCAGCGCCGGGCAGCACACGGCACGCGCCUUCCUCCAUGUGCAAGACGCAGGCACGCCCCAGGUGCAGGUGAGCCCGGAGCGGACAGAGGUGCAGGAGGGCUCCACGGUGCGGCUCUACUGCCGAGUCUCGGGGUCCCCCACUGCCACCAUCACCUGGGAGAAGCAGGGGGGUGCUCUGCCGCCACAGUCCCGCACCGAGCAUGGUGACAUCGCCACGCUCGUCAUCCCUGCUGUGACGGCAGCUGAUGGCGGCAUCUACAUCUGCAUGGGCACCAGUGCUGCUGGCACAGCCCGUGCCACUAUUGAGGUGGCUGUGGUGCCAGGUGAGGAGGCUGGGGGCCACCAGUGGUGUCUGGGGGUGAUUUUGGUGGGGGGACCCCCCAUCAUGUCGCCCCUUUCGUCGCCAGGGGUGGCACUGCCUGUCCGCAUUGAGUCCUCGUCCCCAUCCGUCAUCGAGGGACAGACCCUGGACCUGGACUGUGUGGUGGCAGGGCCCAGCUCUGCCACCGUGACGUGGUACAAGCGUGGGGGCUCGCUGCCUGCUGGCCACCAGGUUUCAGGGUCCCGGCUUCACGUCCCCCACAUCACGGCAGCUGAUUCAGGGGAGUACGUGUGCCGGGCAAGCUUGGGGACCACUGUCCGGGAGGCAUCUGUCAUUGUCACCGUCAUGGCUGCAUCAGGCUCAUCCUAUGGACCACCAACUUCAGGUGUCCCUGUCCGGAUCGAGGCAUCCUCAUCCACCGUGGCCGAGGGACAGACCCUGGACCUCAACUGCAUCGUGGCUGGGCAGGGACAGGCCACUGUCACCUGGUACAAGCGCGGGGGGUCCCUCCCAGCCAAGCACCAGGUGUCGGGCUCCCGGCUGCGGCUGCUGCAGGUGACAACGGCCGACUCGGGCGAGUACGUGUGCAGGGUGACCAGCGGGGCCACCUCCAAGGAGAGUGCAGUCAUGGUGACCAUCCAGCCCAGCAGUGCCGGUGCCUACUCCCCGGGCAACACGACUCCCCUGCGCAUCGACUCCCCGUCCUCUGCUGUGGUUGAGGGACAGAUCCUGGACCUAAACUGUGUCAUUGCCAGCCCUGCACAGGCCACUGUCACCUGGUACAAGCGCGGGGGAACCCUCCCAGCCAAGCACCAGGUGUUGGGCUCCCGGCUGCGGCUGCUGCAGGUGACAACGGCCGACUCGGGCGAGUACGUGUGCAGGGUGACCAGCGGGGCCACCACCAAGGAAACCUCCAUCAUGGUGACUGUCCAGCCCAACAGCGCCGGUGCCUACUCCCCAGGCAGCACAACCCCUCUGCGCAUUGAGUCCUCGUCCCUGUCAUCCCCCGUGACCGAGGGACAGACCCUGGACCUCAACUGUGUCAUUGCCAGCCCUGCACAGGCCACUGUCACCUGGUACAAGCGCGGGGGGACCCUCCCAGCCAAGCACCAGGUGUCGGGCUCCCGGCUGCGGCUGCUGCAGGUGACAGCGGCCGACUCGGGCGAGUACGUGUGCAGGGUGACCAGCGAGGCCACCACCAAGGAGAUCUCAGUCAUGGUGACCAUCCAGCCCAGCAGUGCCAGCAGCUACCCUGUUGGUGUCACCCCUCCGGUGCGCAUCGAGUCCUCGUCCUCCUCCGUGGCCGAGGGACAGACCCUGGACCUCAACUGCAUCGUGGCCGGGCAGGGACAGGCCACUGUCACCUGGUACAAGCGCGGGGGGUCCCUCCCUGCCAAGCACCAGGUGUCAGGCACCCGCCUGCGCAUCCCCCAGGUGACAGCAGCCGAUUCAGGGGAGUACGUGUGCCGGGUGACAUCAGGCAGUGUCACACAUGAGACCUCCCUCAUCAUCACCAUCCAGACUGGCGCUGGCUCCUCUUACGCUGUUGGUGUCACACCACCAGUGAGGAUCGAGACCUCCUCCGCUGCCAUUAGCGAGGGACAGACGCUGGAACUCAACUGCAUGGUGGCAGGACAGGGUCACCCCCAUGUCACCUGGUACCGGCGUAAUGGGGCUCUGCCACCAAACAGCCAGGUGUCAGGGACCCGCCUGCGCCUUGCCAAAGUGGCAGUGGCCGAUUCAGGGGAGUACGUGUGCCGGGUGACCCUGGGGACCGUCACCCAGGAGGCAUCUGUCAUUGUCACCGUGCCCAGCAGUGCUGACACCUAUUACACCUCUGGCAUUUCCCAGCCCCUCCGCAUCGAGUCCUUGUCCUCGGCCAUCGCCGAGGGACAGACCCUGGACCUCAACUGCGUGGUGGCAGGGUCUGGCCCUACCACCGUGACGUGGUACAAGCGUGGUGGCUCCCUGCCUGUUGGCCACCAGGUGUCGGGGACCCGCCUGCGCAUCCCCCAGGUGACAGCAGCCGAUUCAGGGGAGUACGUGUGCCGGGUGACAUCAGGUGGUGUCACACAGGAGACAUCCCUCAUUGUCACCAUUGAUGAUGGAGACAACCCAUCCCACCCCACCGGCAUCACGCCACCCAUCCGCAUCGAGUCCUCAGCGUCCUCUGUCACCGAGGGACAGACCCUGGACCUGGACUGUGUGGUGGCUGGCCAGGGACAGGCCAUCAUCACCUGGUACAAGCGCGGUGGGGCCCUCCCAGCCAAGCACCAGAUUUCGGGGUCCCGGCUGCGGCUGUCACAGCUCUCGGUGGCUGACUCAGGAGAGUACGUGUGCCGGGCUGACACAAGCAGCGUGUCCCGUGAGGCCGCUGUGUCUGUCACUGUCACCUCCCGUGACAGCUCCAGCUACCGUCUGCAGAGCCCCAUCAUCUCCAUCGACCCACACAGCAUGGCAGUGGCACCAGGAGAAGAUGCCACCUUCAAGUGCCGCAUCCACGAUGGCGCCCGGCCUGUCAACAUCACCUGGCGGAUGGGGCCUGGCCAACACUUCCAAGACAAUGUGAAGAUCAGUGCCAAUGGCUCAGUCAUCUCCAUCACCAGUGCCCAUGUGGGCAACCAGGGCGCCUACCACUGCGUGGCCUCCAACCGCUUCGGCAUCGCCAGCAGCGUCGUCAACCUCGUGGUGCAAGGUGCCCCCGUGGUGUCAGUGAUGCCACCAGGCCCUGUGACAGUGAAGGAGGGCAAAUCCCUGAGCCUGGAGUGCCUGGGCCGGGGUGAGCCACGGCCGCUGGUACGUUGGAGCCGGCUGGGCUCCCGGCAGAAGGUGGAGCACCAGACGCUGCUGCACAUGGACAGCCAGGCCAUCCUGCAGCUCUCACCAGCCAAGCCGGAGCACGCCGGGACCUACGUGUGCACGGCACACAGUGCCCUGGGCUCGGCACAGGCACGGGUGGAUGUCAGAGUGGAGUCAGCGCAGCGGCACCCCGGGGCCCCCGAGGUCACCGCUCCAUCUACUGUCACCGUGGUGGCCGGGGACACUGCCACGCUGCACUGCGUGGCCAGAGGUGACCCAGUGCCCCGGAUCGAGUGGUCCAAGCUGCGGGCACCCCUGCCCUGGCAGCAUCGCGUGGUGAACGGCAGCCUGGUUAUCCCUCGUGCCGCGCAGCAGGACUCGGGCCAGUACAUCUGCAAUGCCAGCAGCCCCGUCGGUUCCACCGAAGUCUUCGUCACCCUCGAUGUGGAGACACCUCCAUAUGCCACCAUCGUGCCGGAGGACACGGCGGUGCAGGCAGGUGACACCCUGCAGGUGCAGUGCCUGGCCCACGGCACCCCCCCGCUGCACUACACCUGGGACAAGGUGAACGGCAGCCUCUCCACACGUGUGGCCCACCGUGCUGGCCUCCUCCGCCUCGGCCCCGCGGCCCCUGCUGACACCGGCACCUACCGCUGCCUCGUCACCAACCGCAUCGGCAGCGCCGAGGCCUUUGCCCGUGUGGCUGUUCAUGGUGAUGCUGGUGAAGGUGGGGACAUUGCUGGCGGUCCCUUGGUGGUGCGGGUGACACCAGAGAGCCUCGUCAAGGGGGUGGGUGGCACUGCUGAAUUCACCUGCUCUGUCUCUGGAGACCCCCGUGCCCGUGUGGAGUGGCUGAAGGAAGGUGGGGAGCUGCCCCCCACCCACAGCAUGCGGGACGGGGUGCUCCGGAUGCCAGAGCUGGCCUCGGGGGCGCAAGGCGUGUACGUGUGCCGGGCCACUGCCCCGGGCGGGCAGGCAGAAGACAGAGCCACCCUCACUGUCCAGGCUCUCCCCAGGGCCCUGAUCAACAUCCGGACCGCGGUGCAGACGGUGCUGGCAGGGACAACAGUGGAGCUGGAGUGCCUGGGCUUGGGGGAACCCCGUCCCCAUGUCACCUGGAGCAAGGUGGGGGGUCGCAUCCGCCCCGGGGUGCUGGUCCGCGCUGGCACCCUCACCAUCGAGCAGGUGGAGCGGGCGGACGCUGGGCAGUACCGCUGCACCGCCACCAACGCCGUGGGCACUGUCCAGUCCCACGUCAUCCUCCACGUGCAAGCUGCUCCUCAAAUCGCUGGGCAGCCAGAGGUGAAGGAGGUGUCCCUUGGAUCAGCGGCUGUUUUGCCGUGCUUGGCAUCUGGCUUCCCGGUGCCAGAGAUCACCUGGAGCAAGCUGGAGGGGGAGCUGCCGGCGGCUGCCAGGGUGCAGGGGAACGUGCUGACCCUGCCAGCUGUGCGCCCCGAGGAUGCCGGCGUCUACACCUGCGUGGCCUCCAACCACCGUGGCCAGCAGACAGCUUACUAUGUGCUGAAGGUCCAAGAGCACGUGGUCCCCUAUUUUGGGCAGUCGCCCCGCUCCUUCCUCCCCCUGCCCACCAUCAAGGACGCCUACAAGAGGUUUGAGAUCCUCAUCACCUUCCGACCUGAUGCUGCUGAUGGGCUUCUCCUCUACAACGGGCAGCGGAAAAACAGCGGUGCCGACUUCAUCUCUUUUGGGUUGGUGGGUGGACGCCCCGAAUUUAGGUUUGAUGCUGGUUCGGGCAUGGCCACCAUCCGUCACCCCACAGCGCUGCGGCUGGGCGAGUACCACACGGUGCGGCUGCUCCGCAACCUCACCUGGGGCUCCCUGGGGCUGCAGGGGCACCCCACCGUCAACGGCACCUCCCAGGGGAGGUUCCAAGGGCUGGAUCUGAACGAGGAGCUGUACCUGGGCGGGUACCCCGACAUCAGCGCUGUGGCAAAGACGGGGCUCAGCCGGGGUUUCAUGGGCUGUGUGCGCCAGCUCCGCAUCCAAGGGGAAGAGGUGGCCUUUGGGGACAUGGACCUCCAGGCACACGGUGUCACCAAUUGUCCCACCUGCCAGGACCAGCCGUGCCAGAACGGCGGCGUGUGCCAGGACGAUGAGAGUGGCACCUACGUCUGCCGAUGUCCCCACGGCUUCACCGGCAGCAACUGCGAGUACUCGCAGGCUUUGCACUGUCACCCAGAGGCGUGUGGGCCUGAUGCCACCUGCGUCAACCGGCCGGAUGGGCAGGGCUACACCUGCCGCUGCCACCUGGGCAAGACUGGGGAGAGGUGCACCAAGGGUGAAGUGGUGAACGUGCCCUCGUUCGAUGAGGAGGGAGCCUUCAUCUCGUACCCGCCCCUCACCAACGUGCACCAUGAGCUGCGGCUGGAGGUUGAGUUCCUGCCGCUGGCACCCGACGGGCUCCUGCUCUUCAGCGCUGGCAAAGCCACCCCUGUGGAGGACUUUGUGGCCUUGGCCAUGAUUGGUGGUCACGUUGAGUUCCGCUACGAGCUGGGCUCAGGCCCGGCAGUGCUGCGGAGUGCAGAGCCGGUGGCCCUGGGCCAGUGGCACCGGGUGACAGCUGAGCGGGUGAACAAGGAUGGGACACUGGUGGUGGACGAUGCCGCCCCGGUGAAACGCUCCUCACCCGGCAAGAGCCAGGGGCUCAACCUGCGCAGCCCCCUGUACCUGGGGGGCACCGAGCCCCCCCUGCGCCCCCCCACCAACGCCUCCUUCCAUGGCUGCAUCGGAGAGGUGUCCAUCAGCGGCAAGCGGGUGGAGCUGCGGGAGCAGUUCCUGCGCAGCCGGGGAGUGCGGCCCUGUGGCCACCGCGCCCCGUGUCGGCCGGGGACCCGCGGCCUGCACUGUGAGGAGGAGGAGGAGGAGGAGGAGGCCGAAGGCUGCCACCCCUCCCGGCCCUGCCUGCACGGUGGCUCCUGUGUCCAUGGCUCCUGCCACUGCCCCCCUGGACACAGCGGGGCCCGCUGCCAGCACCGCUCAGCACUGGCAGAGCUGGAGCAUGACUGGCAAGAGGGCAGCGGUGGUGGCGAUGCCCCUGGGCAGUUCAGCGCCGCAUUCCAGGACGGAUCCUACCUGGCCCUUCCCGGGCACCUCUUUCCUCGUGGCCCCCCCGAGGCUCCCGAGACCAUCGAGCUGGAGCUGCGGACGCGCAGCGCGCAGGGGCUGCUGCUGUGGCACGGCGCGGAGCCCAGUGAGGGUGGCAAAGCCAAAGAUUUCCUUGGCCUCGGGUUGAAGGAUGGGCACCUGGUGUUCAGGUACCAGCUGGGCAGUGGCGAGGCCACCAUCACCUCUGAAGAUCCCAUCAAUGACGGCGAGUGGCACCGGGUGACGGUGACAAGAGAGGGCCGGCGUGGGCAGCUCCAGGUGGACGGAGAGGAGCCGGUGAGUGGGGAAUCACCCGGAUCCAACAUCAUGGCCAACACACAGGGCAGCAUCUACGUGGGCGGUGCCCCUGACCCCCACGCCCUGACCAGUGGCAAGUUCAGCUCCGGGCUCUCGGGGUGCGUGCGGGGACUGGCGCUGGAGUCUGCCGGGAUCCCCCGACACCCCAUUGACCUCCGGCACGGGGCCGUGGGGGGCUCCCCUGUGCCCCCCUGCCCCUCCUAACCCCCACCCCGAAACACAGUUUGGGGGAAAUUUAGCGAAUUUUAUUCUUUUCCAAAAAAAACCACCAGGAGGAAACGGUGCUUCGCUGCCCCGGGGUGACUCCGGGGGGGGGGCCGGGACCC